AUGGCCUCAAUAGCCGGAAAGACACCGCUAGAUCAUAUAGAAGACAAUAAGGAUAGUUCGACAGCUUCAGCGUCCAAAAUCACUCCGGGCCUUCGAGUUCUUCAACCACCAGAAUGGAUCGCGACUCUUUCUCCUGAAGAACGUCUCAGUAUCGAAUCUAAACUAAAGAGAAAAAUUGAUAUAAGAUUAUUGCCAAUGGUAAUCUUAAUGUAUAUCAUGAAUUACCUGGACAGAAACAACAUCGCAGCAGCGCGAUUAGCAGGAAUGGAGGAAGAUUUGAAACUAGUUGGAGAUGAAUACCAGACUUGCGUCAGUAUCCUAUUCGUCGGCUACCUCUUGAUGCAAAUCCCAUCGAAUUUAUUCUUGAAUAAACUCGGCACUCCCGCCACCUAUCUCCCAACAGCAAUGAUUGUCUGGGGAAUGAUAUCAGCUGCAACAGCUGGAACUCACAAUUUUGUCGGCCUUCUUAUGUGUAGAUUCUUCCUCGGUUUCGUCGAGGCUGCAUACUUUCCUGGAUGUCUCUACUACCUCUCAUGUUGGUAUACUCGCAAGGAACUAGGUUUGCGUACAGCCUUCCUCUUUUCCGGAUCAUUGAUCAGCGGAGCAUUUUCUGGUCUCCUGGCUGCGGGUAUCACGGACGGAAUGGAUGGAGUGAAAGGACUUCUUGCCUGGAGAUGGCUUUUUAUUAUUGAGGGCUCCCUCACGGUUGUGAUUGCCGCUGCGGGUUACUUUAUCAUCCCAAAUUUCCCGCGAACCACGGCUUGGUUGACAGAGCAGGAGCGUGAACUGGCUGUUUGGCGUUUGGAAGAGGAUGUGGGUAUGGACGAUUGGGUUGAUAGCCAUCAGCAAACGUUCAUGCAUGGCUUGAAACUCGCUUUUGCCGACAUCAAAACCUACAUUCUCAUGCUUAUCCUAUUUGGUAUCGUUGCAGCUGCUUCGGUUACCAAUUUCUUCCCAACCGUUGUAGCAACCCUAAAAUACAAUAGAAUCCAAUCACUUCUGUUAACUGCACCUCCUUACGUCCUGGCCCUCAUAACCUCCAUGGCCAAUGCCUGGCACGCUGAUAAGACUGGCGAACGAUUUUUCCACAUCGCCAUUCCGCUCACCAUCGCCUUACUAUCCUUCAUCCUUGCCGCGGCAACCACAGGUACCGCUCCACGCUACGUAGCCAUGAUGCUCAUGGUUCCCGGCUGCUACACCGCUUUUGUCGUCGCACUUGCUUGGAUUUCUAAUACACUACCUAGACCCCCUGCUAAGAGAGCCGUCGCGCUUGCCUUCAUCAAUGCGGUUUCUAAUUCCUCGAGUAUUUAUGCUAGUUACAUGUAUCCCAGUAGUGCGGGCCCGAGAUAUAUUGUGGCGAUGAGUGUGAAUUGUGGAAUGGUUUUUAUGGCCAUGUGUGCGGCGCUUACGUUGAGGACGAUGUUGGUUAGGUUGAAUAAGAAGUUAGAUAGGGGAGAAAUGGUAGAUGGGGCGGUUAAUGAAGGUACAGUGGCGGCUGGUCAGAGGGGAUUUAGGUAUAAGGUUUGA